AUGUUUCUCAUUAAACCAUAAACACCUACAUUUGGAGAUAAAAAACAAAGUCGCAAACCUUAACUUCAAAUUAAUGAAAUUAACAAUAAUUCUCGCUUUUAUAGUGUUCCAACUCGUCAAACAUAAUAAUAAAGUAGAAGUUCAUCUAUUCGUAAAAAAAAUGACCUAUUAGUAAUUUAAAUCUAAAUCUUUAUUAUAGAUUAAAAAGUGGAAAGAACUUUAUGAAGAACAAACUAGUUAUUAUAUGCGCCUCCUUAAAGUUAAUGGUAUACAAAAUAUUGAGCUUCCAAAAUUUUAACUAUAAAAAUGA